AUGACGCGCUAUCUAACACCGUGGAGGAUAUCUCUACUGUGCCUGAUAACAGUAUACACUGAUGGGCUUGUGCCCAAUUCGUCCGCCAUCCAUGUACUCUCUUCAUUAACCGCGGGCUUGUUCCCUUUAGAUCCCGCCGAUAAGCAGUGGGAAAAGCACUACCUACCAACGAUCACAGAGAUUGAAGAAGCGCUGUCCGGCCAUGAGUCUUCGGUACCGGGGCGGUCGUUGUGGGAUUUAUUCCUCAAGAAGAUCUGGUCGCUUGACUCGCUCGAUGCGCUAGAGGUAUUUUUCAGCGAGGUCCUGCCUGCCCUGCUCACGAAGACGCGUGAACAAUUGAUUCAAGAGAGGGACAAUGGCCUUGCACCGGAGAAUGAAGGCAUACGGCUGUCCCGCAGCUCGCCACUGGGCGCUUUUGUUCGCAGGGCCUACCUUGAAUAUACACGCUUGCAGUUCCAUGACUCUGUGAAGCUCUGGUCUGGCUUUGUCAAGUAUCGCCUGCCAACCUAUCACAUGUUUGCAAGAAGAAAUGCUUCAGAUCAUCAGGCACCUAUUGACAUUAAUCUCCAAUCGCCCGGCUUCAAUCACAGUGCCUAUCUCUCCCACGUCGUGUAUGGAAACAUAGAAGACGAUGAAGAGGAUGAAAAUGUGGUUAGUGCCAAGGACGCAGAGCGUCUGGUUGAGUUUCAAGUUGGCGAGCUACAGAGACUGGGAGGCAGAGUUCCGGACGAGAUGAGGACACAACUCAAGCACAUCAUGACAUCAGAAUCUUCAGUUCCCGUACUAAUGUACUAUUUAGAAUACCUCGAUGCAUGGCGCGCUGGAGAUUAUACAUCCGCGUUUGAUAAUCUCCACCGCUACUUCGAUUACACCAUGCACAGUAAUCUCGACCGAAGUGCAUAUCAAUUUGCACUCCUGAACCUCGCUAUUAUCCAGGCAGAUUUUGAGUGUUUCAACGAAGCCAUCUCCGCCGUGCAAGAGGCCGUGGCCAUUGCUCGUGAAUCUCACGACAUGAACUGCUUGAAUUUCUGCAUGAGCUGGCUCUACCACUUCGGCAAGGCAUUCCCGGAACAAAUGCGGGAGGUGCAGAAUAGCGGUAUGUUGGGCAAUGAGAAGGAAGGAUUGGCAUUCCUCAAAGCGAAGUCAAAAGAGACCGAUAUGUGGUCGCUCAUGAGCACAACUCUACUGAGUGAGGCCAAACUUGAGAUGCAGCAGGGAGAGAGUCUUGCGUCGAUUGUUGAAUCACUUGUACGAGCCUCCCACGUCAAUGUCACGAAGGGCCUGUCAACCCCCACGGGUGCAUAUAUGCUGCUCCAGAGCGCCAUGUACGCUCGGAUAGGUGCCACGCAUCUGGCUUGGUUGAGUUCAGAAGUCUUUCGAGAAUGCUACACUGAAGGUCAUCCAUACGAUGACUUUAUCAAGCUCACAUUCCGCAAUUGCCAAAUUCUGGCACAAAAAGGAAACUACAAAGAAGCGUUCGCUCGGAUGAACAAAAUCGAACCAGAAAGACUUCGCGCUUUCAAGUAUAAUAAUGCCUGGACAUAUUACUCUGGCUUGCUCCAACUACGCCGGCAAAUAUUUCGCGAUGAUAAGGUAGCCGUCGAGCACAUCCUCUCCCAGCUCCAAGCUGUGCAACUCCUUGACUUCGACAUGCGUCUCCUUCUCGCUUUCUACACGAUCGAAUUUACCAUCCGUCAAGGUGACUACGGCCGCGCCCUGCGCAUGGUCGAGCAAGCCGCCCACUCCAUGCAACCCGAAAAUUUCGAUGUGCACUCCCAGAUCAAACUCCUAUGCCUGAAGGCACGGAUUCUCGAGAAAUCCGGACACCCCCAACGUGGCUUUUCCCUCGCCAUGCGUGCUGCCUACAUUGCUCACCGGUCAAAAGUCCUCUUCGACCUCUGGGAGGCAAUCACCACUCUCGCCACUGUACUUCUGUCACUACGCGAGUUCGAGGCUACCUCUGAGCUAGUUGAGAGCAUUAUGCCGCAGAUCCUGGAGGCAGAGGACUCGUCCCUGACGGCGCGUGCGUACUCGCUGCUCGUUGACGCAAACAUCGGCGUUGCUGGUGAACUGUGGUCCAAGCAGGGCCAGGAGAGCGCAUCUAACAAGAAGGAGUACGUCAAUCGGGCACUUGGGUACAUUGACUCGGCAUAUGAUGCAUGUGAAGAGAUCGAGGAUAUUCUCGGGCAAACGGAGAUGAUGGCUAAGAAGGCUACGGUUAUGCAUUUGACGGGGGACCCGGUCUUGGCUAACGAUUAUGCGGCAAAGUAUCUUGAUCUGCGCAAGCGGAGAGGGGCCGAGGUUUAA